AUGCCUAUUUACAAACCUGACCCGGAGACGGUCUGUACCGUCAGCGGCUCGACCGGAACAUUCAAGACCUCCCUAGCUCAGCGACUUGGGGCGGAUUGCAAGUGGACUGAUACCCUCUUGUCUGAUACUCGACCUGAUGAAGUAAAGUUCCUGCGUACUUAUAUCGGCCUUCUUCUUCAAAUCAAUGGUAUCAACGACAAUCGGCUCAACAGUGACGGUAGCCAGCAAUUUACCGACACGGCCACUCGAAACAGCGUCGUCCGCGCCUGCUCCAAGGGACGGCACAGCCUCAUCAAAUGGCACUUCCUCCACGUCCGCGCCCACACUCGCUCGGAGGACGACAUCGGCCGGGAGUUCAGGUUCGCCUGCGAGCUCUUGCAGAACAACCUGGUCAACCUUAUCAUCAUGGUAGUCGGGGCGGGGUCUGAAGAGGUCGGCGCGCCGGUCAGAGCCUUGAUAGCGCAGGCUGUGGCCAAGGUCAAGGAGGUCGACCCGUCCAUCGUAGGCGAGCCUACUCUCAUCUACCUCUAUCCUCCCUUCGAGGAUAUUCCCGAGCGCAUACUUAAAGCCACGCCCAAGCCUCUUGCCUAUCGCUACGAGACCGCCCUUCCUGGUGACGGCAAGCAGAAGAUGGAAGCAAUCUACAGGGCCAACGCAGCGGGGCUGCAUGCACUCUUGCCCUCAGUGACACCCAUACAGCACGCCGACUUUUCGCACAAUUGCUCGAACUGCUCGGAGACCGGCGAUCAUCGGAUCAUGGGACCCUGCCAUUGUGGACCAUUCGCCCUCGCUCACGGUGCCAUCCGUACCUAUCGGGAUCAUCUUGGCACCAUUUCUCACCGUCACGGCCAGCUACGGCGCGAGCCGUCACAACUCGCUCAAGUCCUCGGUCCUGCCGUCGCAGUCGGGGGUGCGAGUGUGCCCCUUGGUUCUAUCGCUAUACCAGGCCAGGUCAUCGGGGUCGCUGCUAGCAUCCUCAUCUACGCACUCGCUGAUGUUCGGUCGAGAAGUACGAGUGCUGUCAAGGCGACCCCCGCGAUGCCCACAAUACGGGCUGCUUCCGCCAGUGCCAGGCUUGUGGCCGCGGCACUACCACAGCUGGAUGCGGUGUCGAAGGUGUAUCUGGGAUGGAGCAUGAGCUUGUGCCGAUCGCAGACUGGCACAGAAACCACCACCGAGACUGCAACCGAGACUCAUACCGAGACUGGCCUGGAGCCAGCCAACAAAACGGCAAAGAGUAAUAAGGGCAAAAGAACACGGCCUGACCCGGGUUCAAACAGCGCUGGGGUCGCAGGACGGAUCCCCACCGCUACUGCCAACAAUGCCUACGUUGGCGGCGGGGCAGCUUCUCAGAUGACAAGCUCUGGUACGGUCAGCGAGCAGGACACCGGAAGACCUGCUCCACAGAAGGCUCAUCAGGCACCACAGACCACAGCGCCUGAAGAGUCACCGCAGAGCAAGAUCGACCUUCUGGAGCGAUUCGGCAAGAUAGCGCCUCUAUUUAAACAACUUCUGGACUUCUCUCUUCCGCGCGAGCCUGCCGCCGAGUCGCAUUUGACGACUCUGAAUCCGUCCGGGGAAGCUUCUCAGACAUCGACACGUGGAUAUGUUCAAGCCUGCGUGGACGUAGCGGCAGAUGUCGGAGAUAUCAAGGUUUGGUCAGAUCAAGCUUUGCAACAGGUGGAACCCAUCGUUUUCCACAUCUGGAUGCUCGUCGUCAGAUCCUGCCAGGAUGUCAUCCACUUUCGCGACGACAAAGAGUCCCGGCGGUAUUCCCAGUCCCGGCGGUAUUCCGAUCUCUUUGAAGCCGACAUGAUGCCUCCUGAGGAGAUCUCCAGGCGUUGCCUUAUUGCGUUGCGGGAAGUCGGUUCACGCGGAGGGGUUCCUGCGUCGAGCUUUACCUUGAAUCUUACCUACAUGUCGCUGCACCGCCGAUAUCAUAACGAGGACUGGGCUUUUAAGGUCGACCCACGCAUAAAGUCGGAGAUCGAAGAGCGCCUCUCGAUCUUCUCGGAUGAACCACUACUCUCGCCAGGAGCGAGGUCGGAUCCACCACAGCCACCGGCUGGUGCCGCGACUGCUGCAUUGGUCCAAGGUGGGGAUUCUUCACAAAAUGCUGGGGGCGACAGUUCUGGGUUUGGCGCAUUGCCUCAAGGCGGGGAGCCAUCGCAAAAUGCUCAGGCCCGAAGCAGUGAGCAGGCGCAGGGGAAUAAUGGUGAUGUCUGGACGAGAUACUUCAACCUUGAGGGAGACCUUAAUUCGGGAUCCCUCCAUCUUCUUGGUGAAGGGGGGAUUGGUGAAGGGGAUCCCGGCGAGCACUUCGCAGAUCAGGGAACCUGGCCCACAUGGUAG